UGCAGUGUGGUGCUAAAGGCGCGCUCCUUCUGCACUUCACCGCUGAACCCUGGCUUAUGGUUUGCGGCUUUUUCUACACAAAAAUCGAAGACUGUACUGUUCACUUCAUCUGCAUGGAUUGUUAAUCGCGCUUUUGAUGGCAGUGCAAGGUGACGAUUCCUGAGGAGAGCGGCUCUCUUUAAAAUCUGUCCCCAGACAACACCCGAUAACACUGUUAUUUUCCCGUCUCAUCAAAAAAUACAGUCGCUUGUCUCAAGCCAUGCCCUGCGUUCAGGCUCAGUAUGGGUCAUCACCACAAGGAGCCAGUCCCGCUUCCCAGAGCUACAGCUACCACACCGCUGGAGAGUACAGCUGUGACUUCCUAACACCUGAGUUUGUCAAGUUUAGUAUGGACCUGACCAACACGGAGAUCGCAGCCACGACCUCUCUCCCCAGCUUUAACACCUUCAUGGACAACUACAGCAACAGUUACGACGUCAAACCUCCUUGCCUCUACCAAAUGCCCCACUCCGGAGAGCACUCUUCUAUCAAGGUGGAGGAUAUGCACGUGCACGGCUACCACCAGCAGAACCACCUGCCGCCUCAGUCUGAAGAGAUGAUACCCCAUUCUGGGCCAAUGUACUACAAGCCCUCCUCGCCCCACACUCCAACAACGCCAAACUUCCAGGUCCAGGCCAGUCACAUGUGGGACGAACCGGGCUCCCUCCACAGUUUCCAUCAGAACUAUGUGGCGACCACACACAUGAUCGAUCAGCGCAAGAACCCGGUGUCCAGGCUGUCGUUUUUCUCCUUCAAACAGUCCCCGCCUGGCACCCCCGUGUCCAGCUGCCAGAUGAGAUUCGACGGCCCUCUUCACGUGUCCAUGAACCCGGACAGUCCCGGUGCUCAUCGCGGCCUAGACAGCCAGAGCUUCGCCGUGCCCGGUGCUGUGAGGAAACAGGCGGGCAUAGGCUUCCCUCACUCGCUUCAGCUCGGCCACGGACACCAGCUGAUGGACAGCCAAGUGCCAUCACCCCAGUCCAGGGGAUCUCCGUCCAACGAGGGCCUGUGCGCUGUUUGCGGGGACAACGCCGCGUGCCAGCAUUACGGAGUGCGCACCUGCGAGGGCUGCAAAGGAUUCUUCAAGCGCACUGUUCAGAAAAAUGCCAAAUAUGUGUGUUUGGCGAACAAAAACUGUCCCGUUGAUAAACGGCGCAGAAAUAGAUGCCAAUAUUGCCGUUUCCAAAAGUGCCUUGUUGUUGGGAUGGUCAAGGAAGUCGUUCGAACCGCCAGUUUAAAGGGUCGAAGAGGUCGCCUCCCCUCCAAACCUAAAAGUCCCCCAGAGACGCAGCCACCGUCUCCGCCAGUCAGUCUCAUCAGCGCACUAGUGAGGGCGCACGUGGAUUCGAACCCCUCCAUGUCCGGCCUGGACUACUCCCGAUUCCAGGCCAACCCUGACUACCAAAUGACUGGAGAUGACACACAACACAUCCAGCAGUUCUAUGAUCUCCUCACUGGCUCCAUGGAGAUCAUUCGAGGCUGGGCGGAAAAGAUGCCGGGCUUUGCCGAUCUUCCCAAGCACGAUCAAGAUCUCCUCUUCGAAUCAGCGUUCCUGGAACUUUUUGUUCUACGACUGGCAUACAGGUCCAACCCAGCAGAAGGUAAACUGAUCUUCUGCAACGGGGUAGUUCUUCACAGGCUUCAGUGUGUCCGCGGGUUCGGGGAAUGGAUCGACGCCAUAGUAGAGUUCUCCUCCAACCUACAGAGUAUGAACAUAGAAGUAUCGGCGUUCUCGUGCAUAGCUGCCCUUGCCAUGGUUACAGAGAGACAUGGACUAAAGGAACCCAAGAGAGUAGAAGAUCUUCAAAACAAGAUUGUAAAUUGUCUGAAAGACCACGUGACAUUUAAUGGCGGCGGCUUAAAUCGCCCGAACUACUUAUCAAAACUUCUGGGGAAGCUCCCUGAACUUCGCACGCUGUGUACGCAAGGUCUACAGCGCAUCUUUUACUUAAAGCUUGAAGACUUGGUUCCCCCACCAGCAAUAAUUGAUAAACUGUUUCUAGACACACUGCCUUUUUAAAUAGUUGACGGUGUGAUAGCCUAUAUCCACGCAACCUCAAACAACUUCCACAGACGCUACCUGACUCAGCCGGGACAUGAUUUUUUCUUUCAGUUUGGCGCAAUUUCACAGUAUUUCUGAAAUACUUUCAAGCGCGGUCCCUCUAAACCGUCCUUUUGAUCCUAGAUUAAAUAAGAGAUGGUUGAAGCAGAUACUAUAUAAGGAACAAAAAACUGAAUGCUGUUAACUUGUUUCAAGAUCUCUUGUUAUAUUAUUCAGAAAUUGAUCGAUCCUUUUGUGGGAGAAAGUUGUCGCCACGGCUUUACUCAGCAUAUACUGGGACUGUACCUGACAAGUUCAAACAUU